AUGUCGCAGGCGGUCCUCUUUGAUGCGCAAUUUCAGGUCAAGGCUAUUGAUCCCGAUGGAAAGAAGUUUGAUCGAGUCUCACGCAUCGUAGCUUCUUCAACGACACUGGAGAUGGACCUCUCCCUCGACGUAGCAACCGACAUCUAUCCCAUCUCACCCUCUCAAUCCUUCUCUCUGCAGCUCGUCUCUACUCUCCAUCCCUCGGGAGGUGAGGAAGGGGCGACGCAGACUACUGCAGCCAAUGGCAAGGAAGUAUGGAGAGAUGGUGCUGGUGGAUUAGCUGAGGACUGGGACUAUGUCAUGUACGGCAAGAUUUACAAAUACGACGAGGGAGCUUCUUCGGACACGGUGACCGUCUAUGGGUCAUUCGGUGGUCUUCUCAUGGCGCUGACGGGCAACUACAGGCAUCUCAGCAACGUCACUAUCGGCAACAAUGUCUACCUCCUCGUGAGGUGA